CUCGCAGUACUUUCAUUUAGCCGCCUGGCUCAUACCCACAGUGCAAUCAGUAGCCGUUUUGCUGCUCUCAGCUGUUGACGGUGAUCCCAUACUCGGCAUUUGCUAUGUAGGCAAUCUCAAUCCGGAUCAUCUGAAGACAUUCGUGCUGGCACCGCUCUUUGUAUACCUCGUCAUCGGCACCACCUUCCUAAUGGCGGGCUUUGUUUCACUUUUCCGCAUACGUUCCGUUAUCAAGCAGCAAGGCGGUGUUGGCGCUGGCGUUAAGGCGGACAAACUGGAAAAACUUAUGAUACGUAUUGGCAUAUUUUCCGUCCUGUACACCGUCCCUGCAACCAUCGUAAUCGGAUGCUACCUGUAUGAGGCCGCCUACUUCGAAGACUGGAUCAAAGCGCUCGCCUGCCCAUGUGCACAGACAAAAGGUCCUGGCAAGAAACCAUUGUACUCAGUACUAAUGCUGAAAUACUUUAUGGCCUUGGCAGUUGGUAUUACAUCGGGCGUUUGGAUCUGGUCCGGUAAGACGUUGGAGAGUUGGCGUCGCUUUUGGCGUCGUCUCUUCGGCGCACCGGAUCGCACUGGCGCCAAUCAGGCACUCAUUAAACCGCGACCGCCCAUACCGCAUCCGUAUGCUGGCUCCGGCAUGGGUAUGCCAGUGGGUUCGGCGGCCGGUUCGCUACUCGCAACACCAUACACACAAGCGGGUGGCGCAUCGGUUGCCUCCACCAGCCAUCACCAUUUGCACCAUCAUGUUCUUAAACAACCGGCUGCAAGCCACGUAUGACAUGGAGAGUCAGGCGGAGCUUCAACAAUGGGCGGUGGUGGUGGCGGCGGCGGCGGCAGUACAAUUGGCGGUGGCAGCGUGCUGGGCGGACACGGUACUCUGAUGAGCACAGCGGGUAUGAGCAAUAGUACGGUUGGCGGCGGUGGUGGUGUUGGUGUUGGGGCUCCUCCUGGCAGUAUGUUGCACGGUGGCGGCGGCGGUGGUAUGGGCGUGGCAACGCCCGGUAAUAUGGGUAUGCCUGGCGUUUAUGGCAAUGGUAAUGGCGGCGGUGGCGGUGGUCCAAUGGGCCCCAUGAGCGGCAAUGGCGGUGGUAAUGGUCCCAGUACGGCACCCGGUUCGGUGAUUGAUUCACGCGCGGUGUCCGUGGUCGUUACGUUGCCUGGUGGGCCGGGCGCGCAACACCCCGGGCAGGCGCUGAGCGACUAUGGUCCUAUAUAGUUAAUGGUACGGCCAGAUACAGCGCACUGGGUGUCGACGAGCAGUUUUUCGCAGCUCUAAAUGCAAGCGAUUGCAUUGUUGCAUUUUUCUUUAAGUUUGCGCACUUUGGCGCCUGCGCUUUAAAGCGCUUGCGUAGUGUUAAUGUUGUAGAGUUACAACAACAAUGCGCCAUAUUACUUUCUGCUAGUUUAUAGUUGUACAAUAAUAACAUAUUUAAAUACAUAAAUUUAAACGAAUAUGUAAUAAAGUAACGAGUAAGCAAGCUAAACUAUAUAAUUCUAGUCCAUUUUCAUUGAAAGAAAAAAAUAUUUAAAAAAAAUAAAUCAAAAUAAAAAAAUUAAUAAGUUAAAAUUGAAAAUGUAUGAGACAACAACAAAGCACAAUUUCUAUAAAAUAUCACUAAAUGAAUUAAAGCAAAGAUAGUCAAUAGCUUAUGGAGUAAAACUUGAUCUUGCUGCACCAUUUUUUUCUUCUUAAUAAAAAAAUAUAUAACAAAAAGCAGACAAAUGAAAAAUUUUAAAAUAGCAAAUGAAGUGUUGAAAAGUUAGAAAAGGGUUAAGCGAUACGAAAAGCACAUGAAAUGCGCGCGAAAAAACAGUUUUUCUAUAAAACAUAUUUUAUAAAAAAAUCUAUUAACAUCAUUUCACUUAUUCCUAAUUCAUUUUUCAACUCUCUACUCAAAUAGACUGAUUUAAAGUAAUAUUAAAAAAAUAAAAAUAAAUAAAUAUAUUUCACUAAUAAAGAGGAACACAAUAUUAUAAAUAUACGAAUUGUGUAGAAACCCGCAUAAAAUAUUUAAAUUAUGAAAAUUUUGACGGAAUGCAUAUGAAAAGGAAAAACAAAAAAACCGACAGGGUAGAGAAAAACAAUGUAAAACUAAAACGAUUUUCAAUUUCCCUGCCACCGAAAUUGCUUGAAAAUCGCCACUGCCAAAAACGCCAAUGCCAUAUUGCAUUACAAAAACAAAAGUUAUCAUAAUAAUAACAACAAUAACACUACUUAUACAUCUACAUAAAAAAUGCAUGUAAAUUUGCCAGCAAAGAAAAUCGAAUAUCAAAAAGUGUAAGUAGUUAGCGGAGAUGAGUUAAAAGCAUAAUUACGAAAAGAAACGUAGUAAACGUUUAAAGCAUUUGUAAAAUAUAUUUCAUGUUUAUUUGUAGCAUUUAUUACGCCUAACUGUAUGUAGCGUUUGUAUGUAAGCAUUGCUAAAUAUAAAAAAUAUUGUGGAAUAUCAUGGCAAAACACACAUUGUGAGUUUGAAAUGAAAAAUUAUAAUCCACAUGACAUGAAAAAUUGCACUGAAAAGUAUUUAUGAUUAAUUUAUGAAAUAUCAAAUGCCAACGAGUUAGCGCAAGCACAUAAUGUCCAACUGUAAAUACUGAAUUUUAGUUUUUUUUAUUUAAUAGCAUAAAAUUUAAUUAUUUAAGAAAUUAUACGCGCGAAAUUAUUUUGUUCAAAAAUGCAAAUUACUGCAAGUGAAAUUAUAUGAAAGUGCACUAAAUAAUUUUAAUACGAAAAACACGUGUUGUCACAAUAUUUUUUUAUUUUUUGGAAGAAAAAAAUUUUACUUUGCAUAAAAAUUGAAAGAAAAAUUUACAUAAUAUUUAGAAGAAAAAACUAUUUUUAUAUAAUGAUUGCAGGAAAAAGAUAUUUUUUUAUUUCUCUACUUGCGAGAAUACAUAAUUUAAGCGAAUUUUCUUAUUUUCAAAAUAUUUGUUGAGAAUUUUGAAUUUUUUUAAGAUUUUUUUUUAAAUAUUUCCUUAAUUAUUAUUUUUAUUGAAGAUUUCAUUUUCUGCACUUUAAUACAACAACAAGCGUAAUGUGUUUUGUUUAAAAAAUUUAUUUUUAUUAAAAAUUGUUUGUUAAAAUUUUUUUAAUAUUCCUUCAAUUUUUUAAUUUUUACUCAAUACGUAUAUUAAAAAGAUAAAUUAAACUUUCUACAAAAUUUACAUUAAAUUUUCUGCAACUAAAGCUUUUUCCAUUACAAAAAUGGUGUUGCAAUUUUUCCAAAAAUGUUUUAAUUAUACAAAAUUCUAAAACUAAAUUUUCUUCAAGAAAUUCUGUUUAAUUUAAAAGUAAAAACUAUUCAACAUAAAGAUUAUGCUUAGUAUUUUUAUCAAAAUUCAUUGUUUAUAAAAAAAAUAUGUUUAAUUAAUUUGAAAAAAAAGAAAAUUCGCUUCAAUAUUUUGAAAAAAAGUUUAUUAUUUAUUUAUGGACGAUUUUAAAAUUAAAUAUUCAUGUCAUAAAAAUUGUUCUUCCAACAGCAAAAUUCUGUUCAAUAUUGUGAAGAAAAAAAGUUGUGUACAAUUUAAUUUUUAAAAUUAAAAUAUUCUCGCUAGUUGUGUGAAUAUUUCACUUGUUUGCUUAAAAAUCAUUUCGUUAAUUUUCCAAAACCGAAAACGUACUUGCGUUGGGCGGACGCAACAACCACAGAAAAUAAUUUUAUUUAAAACUAUUUUUUAAUUAAGCGCAUACAAGAAUUUCCUACGUAUUUUUAAUAAGUUUAAUUGUUUACAUUUAUAAAGAAUUAAUAAUAAUAAGUAUUUUUGUUUGUUUUUCGUUUCAUUUGUAUUUCUUGCUGCAGAGAAAUUGUACAUAUUUGCAUGUAGUCAAGCAUUAUAUAAAUUAAGUUAAAAAAAAUACUUAUUUUUUUAUAAUCGUGUGUUAAUGAAAAAUAUUAUGCCAACAAGUACAUAGUUAUAUAAGCGUAAGCAAAGUAAUUGUAUUGAAUUUGCAAAGCAUUAAAAUUUAUUUAAAUAUUAUUAGUAUUUAUGCAAGAAAGAAAAUAUAUAAUAUGUUUGUAUUAAGAAAAUUUAUUGAAAAUUUCGGAAUGUGAGUAGGUUUGGUUGUUUUUAGAUUAAAAAUAAUAUAAGAAAGGAUUAAACAUUACUAAAUAUAUUGUUUUGAGCCUAAAACACUCAACAGCAGCCAUUUUUUUGGAAACUCACAUUCAAAGUUGUGCGGCUGUUCUCUCUCAGCCGGUUUUUUCACUGAACGAACAACUUUUCUCUUGCUUUAUUAUAUUUAAAUUUCACCUAGUUUAAGUUAAACAGUCGAAAAGUUGAAAUUGUGUAUUUUAUUUUAUACUUUAUCUUUUAAUGAUUAUACUUUAUCGAUUGAUUAUUGUUUUUAUUUAAAAAUGCUAAAUAAAAUGCAAACAAAAAAUAAUUAUUUACAAAA